CAGGUAGACCAACCACUGGUUAACGCAGGUGUUUAGAAAGCCGUGUUUUCAAAAACUUUCGGUGGUUUGUUUCGAUGGUAUACGCCAUCGGCGGACAUCAAUCAUGGCAAACAGAUUUCGCCAGUUUAGGCUACUGCUAUGGAAAAACUUCAUACUUCAGAUUCGACGGCCGAUUGGGACUGCUUUCGAAAUCCUUCUUCCGAUAGUCCUUAUAUCUGUUCUCAUUCUACCAAAGAUCUUCUUGAAGCCAGAAGAUAUUUGCUUCUCAUCAUACAAGCCAUUGUCCAGUGUAGCCAUGCCAACACAACUACAAAUGAAUAUGAGGACAAGGUUGCUAGGACAGAAUGUUUCUGUAAACGACUCCCUGGCACUUGCCUACCACCCCUCAGGUCCAGCAGUCUCUGGUCUGAUGUCGAGUGUGGCUUCAACAAUGAAUAUUAAGGUUGUAAACAGGAGUAUGGUGCAUAACAAAGAUUGGACUUCAGUAGAGCAAAUGGUUGCUGAGGUAGCUGAGCAUGAAGAUAAAUACUUAGCAGCUGUUGUGUUUGACGUUGAGAAGGACAAGCUAUCACUUCCUAAGGUGGUAAAGUACACCCUUCGGAUGCCACACUCCAGUGCAGGAGAACGUAAAACCUGGAGAACAGAGAGAACAUACCCAAACUUUCAAGGCAUUGGAGCCAGAACCACCAAUUUCUACACCUUUUCGGGAUUUGCUAUUUUACAAUAUGCAAUUGACAUGGCCAUCAUUCAAGCAAAAGCAAGUCUUCCAUUUCCCUUUGCAUACCCAAUGAACAUCAAGCAACUCCCAUACCCUGGUUAUGUGCAAGACUUUUUUGUCCAGACGGUGGCUAACCUUCUGCCACUCUUGCUAACACUGGCCUUUAUCUAUUCUGCUGUGUCCAUUAUCAAGGAACUUGUUUUUGAGAAGCAGCAGAGGUUAAAAGAGUCAAUGAAGAUGAUGGGACUGAGUAACUGGAUUCACUGGUCAGCUUGGUUUAUCAAGUGCUUGCUUUUCCUUGGCUUCACAAUCAUAAUCAUCACGAUAUUCGUCAAGGUACUGAAGAUCUUCGAGUUUUCCAAUGGGAUAGUUGUAUUUCUCUUCUUCCUUUGCUACAUAAUCUCCAUGAUCUCCUACUGCUUUUUCAUCAGCGUCUUUUUCUCUAACCCAACCUUGAGUAUGCUGUUUGGGUCUGUGCUAUGGUACGCUGCACUUCUGCCCUACCAACUGCUCGCUCAAAACGAGAAUUAUGACACUCUCAGCCAGAGUGCCAAAGCGUCGAUGUGUUUGCUGCCCAACACGUGCUUGGGAAUCGGUGCCACGCUAAUCGCACGGCUUGAGGGCUUCAAGACGGGGGCUUCCUUUAGUAACCUGGCCUCCUCACCAUCUGCGGACGAUCACUUCAGCCUCGCUUGGGUGUUAGGCAUGAUGAUCAUCAGCAGUCUUGUCUAUUUAAUCUUGACAUGGUACAUUAGUACAGUUUUCCCUGGACAGUAUGGCAUCCCAAAGCCCUUCUACUUUCCCUUUAUGAAGUCAUAUUGGUGCGGAUUCUCGCAUGACGAUGUCGUGGAAGCCGGACUUGAAAGAGAACUUGGGGAUGUCAAGACAGAGAAUAAUCCAGCCAUUGAGGAUGAACCAACAGAUCUCGCUAUCGGCGUCCAAAUUAAGGAUCUCAGAAAAGUGUUUAAGGGCUCCACCGGUUCCAAAGUAGCAGUGGACAAUCUCAGCCUCAACAUGUACAAAGGGCAGAUAACAGCUCUUCUUGGACACAACGGAGCUGGCAAGACGACCACAAUGUCUAUCCUAACAGGACUGUUCACGCCCACUUCUGGCUCUGCUAUGAUCGACAACAAGAGCAUUCUCACCGACAUUGAUGGAAUUCGGGAGAGUUUGGGUCUCUGCCCCCAGCACAACGUACUCUUUGAUCGCCUGACCGUAGAGGAACAUCUCGAAUUCUUUAUCAACUUGAAGGGAAAGUACGGCCAAGCUGCCAAAGAUGAGGUUCUCCAGAUGAUUACUGAUCUUCAGCUUUUGGAUAAGAGGAAAGCAAAAUCUAGUGAGCUGUCAGGAGGCAUGAAGAGAAAGCUCAACUGUGCAAUUGCUCUUGUCGGAGGCUCGGAAACCGUGUUUUUGGAUGAGCCCACAUCUGGAAUGGACCCUUACGCAAGGCGGGCCACAUGGGACCUGUUACUCAAGCACAAAGCUGGCAAGACGGUGAUUCUCACGACACACUUCAUGGAUGAAGCGGAUUUCCUUGGAGACCGAAUUGCGAUCAUGGCAGACGGGCAGCUACGCUGCUGUGGGUCGUCGCUAUUCCUGAAGAGCAGGUAUGGAGUGGGUUAUCACCUCACUCUCGUGAAGAAAGAAGACUGUGACGAUAAUGCCAUUAUCAAUGCCGUCAGAGAGACCGUACCUUCUGCUCAAGUUCUGAGCAAUGUUGGCGCAGAGAUAGAGUUUGUGCUGAAUGGAGAGGCGUCCAAGGACUUUGAGUCUCUUUUCGUGAAGCUCGAAAAUAACAAGGAGGAUUACGGAAUCGCUAGUUAUGGCGUCUCUUGUACAACCAUGGAAGAGGUGUUCAUGAAAGUGGGCGAGGGCUCUGAGAAGACAGUGGAAGACAUUAUCAGUGAUCAUGAGCACCACAGGGAGACCGAGAAAAUAAUCGAUAUGGCGGCAACAGAUGAGGAUCCGGAUAUGGGAGAGUUGCAGACGGGGUUCGCACUGCAGUGGCAGCACUACAAAGCAAUGUUAGUCAAGCGCUUCAUUAACUCCAAGCGCGACAAGAAGUCUGUUGUGACACAGAUUUUGCUGCCGAUGGUAAUGGUACUAUUUGGGCUCCUGAUCAUGAAUACUGGAGGGGCGCGUGGUAACGAUCCAGCACGUCUACUGAACCUCAAGAACCUCAGCACGGAUGGAGUCAACACCAAAGUGUUUUUUGCAGAUUUCCGUAACCGAUCGAAUACCGCCCAGGCCCAGGCCACUCUGCAGCGCACCCGAGACCACCUAGCCACCGUGAAAGCGGAUACUGUUGAUGUCACGAACAAAGUGUAUGAUAUCCGCACAAAAAACGCACUCGAUGGCAUUCAUGUAGUCAAGUCCUCCUACAACUACACUACGUCAGCAGGCAACUGCUGCAACUACAAGUUCCUUGUGCUUAACGAGCACUGCCGAAAUGAUUUCUUGGAUGGUAAUCUGACUUCAUCGAACUGUAGUAACAAUGACAAUUUUGGAUACAAGCAUUGUGACAAGUGCCUUAACAGUCAAACAGGCAAAGGCUGCAAUCCUCCGUCCAUUAGUAGCACUAACCUGGCAGACAUGAACACGUACUUUGAUGAGUACGUCCUUGAGGAGAGCAACGCCAAGCAGUUUUUCUACGAGUACGUAGCCGGGGUGACCAUCGGACCCCUGCCAUCACCUGGAUAUGUGGUCCCGGCAACUAACGUGACCAACGCCUCUGUGGUCCCUCCCAAGGUCGAGCUGCCCUCCUCAUUUACCACCGUCUGGUACAGCAACCAGGGCUAUCACAUCAUUGCUUCAUCUAUAAAUGCUCUUAGCAACAUCCUUCUAGCAGAGCUCAGCGGAGACUCCGAACAGGGCAUUGAGACAACAAAUCAUCCACUUCCAAACAAUGCUCAGAAUAAGGCGGACAAUGUGACCUCAACAAUCUCAGUGCUCUUCCUGGCUAUUUUCAUGUCUAUGGGUAUGGCAUUCAUGGCCGCCAGUUUUAUCACUUUUCUGGUGCAAGAGAGGACCUCAAAGGCUAAGCACUUACAAUUUGUCAGUGGAGUGGAUGCAUUCAGCUACUGGUCGGCCACCUACACUUGGGACUUCUUGAACUAUCUCGUUCCAUGCCUGCUCAUUCUGAUCUUGUUCGCUGCGUUCCAAAUCGAGGAGUUUGAGAAUGACAUGGGGUCUGUGUUUUUGUUGCUGAUUUUGUUUGGUCUGGUCGUCUUACCUUUCAUUUACGUCAUGUCGUUUGCCUUCAAGUCCCAACUGAUCGCUUACGCCAUGACUGUUUUCGUGCUGUCUAUCAUGAGUUUUGGCAUGUUGCUGGCUGUGUUCCUUUGUCGUAUCCCAUCCCUGAAUCUGUUGGACGAAGCAGAGAUCAUGCAUUAUGUAUUCAUGCUCCUCCCAACAUACACUGUUUCCUACGCUUUGAUCGACAUGAGCACUAACUAUGGCUACCGAAAAAUCUGCAGUACACUUCAGACAGUUGAAUCAUGUAGAGAUAACGGGAUCCAGUUCACAGACUCCUCCCUGAACUGGGACAGGCCUGGCGUCGGUCAACACGCUCUUUACAUGGCCGUGGAGGCCGUGGUGCUCUUCAUCCUCACUCUACUAAUACAGGUGAACUUUUUUAUUGGUGCACGUGUUCGGAUGCCAGAAGACGACAAGAAACAGGGUCGGCCGAACGAGGACUGUGAUGUGGCGGGGGAACGAGCCCGUGUUCACUCACUCAACCCAGAACAGAUCAAGAAGGAGUCGGUGAUUGUCAAGGAUCUCACAAAGGUGUACCAUGGAUCCGAUAGAACUGCUGUGGAUCACCUCUGUAUUGGGAUACCCCGGGGAGAGUGCUUUGGCCUUCUAGGAGUUAACGGUGCUGGUAAGACUACUACAUUCAGCAUGCUGACUGGCGACCAGAGUAUUUCUGAAGGCACGGCGUAUCUAGAUGGUUAUGACAUACAGACACACCUCAAAGAGGUUCAACAAAGGAUUGGUUACUGCCCACAGUUUGAUGCGUUCAUAGAGCGCAUGACAGGACGAGAGAUGCUGACCAUGUUUGCGCGCCUGCGAGGUGUUCAGCCAGACAAGAUACCAAACGUGGUGUCAACAACAAUCGAGCAUUUGAAUCUUGGUAAAUGGGCCGACAAGCUCUGCGGGGACUACAGCGGUGGAAAUAAACGCAAACUCAGCACAGCCAUCGCACUGGUCGGCAACCCACCGAUUAUAUUCUUGGAUGAGCCUACAACUGGGAUGGACCCUGUUGCUCGCCGAUUCCUCUGGGACUCGCUCACACAUGUGAUGAAAGGAGGGCGCUCUAUUGUGUUGACUUCUCACAGCAUGGAGGAAUGUGAAGCACUGUGUACCAGACUCGCCAUCAUGGUCAACGGUCAGUUCAAGUGCGUGGGUAGCGCACAGCACCUGAAGAGUCGCUUCGGUAUGGGCUACACCCUCAUGCUGAAGGUAGAAGCCCGCUUGGUACCUGUGUCAAACACAGAGGUGGCCAACUCCUCCCAGGUGGUCGCCAUGGUUCCUGGCAGCACCCCACCCUCGACUGCCACGGCCGCGUAUGAUAACCCUGUCGCCGUGACUGAUGCGGGGAUGCCUGACGUGAACGGCCCGGGAUAUCCAGUUCAGCGACCGGAAAUCAGUCCACCCCCAGGUGCCUCUGCUCCCACGCCGAUUGUGUCGGCUCAUGGGAUAGGUAACCAGCCUGUGCCAGUCAUGUACACCGUGGACCUGUUGGGGGCCGUGCAGCAAGCGCAGCAGUUUGUCUCCAGUACCUUCCCCGGUGCACAGCUCCUUGAGUCGCACAACGGCAUGCUGACCUAUCAGAUCAACAGCACAGAGCUGUCGUGGUCUCGGAUCUUUGGUGAGCUAGAGAGAAAUCGCGCGAGUUUGAACAUUGUUGACUACAGCGUCAGUCAAACCAGCUUGGAGCAGGUGUUCCUCAACCUCGCUAAAGAACAGUACUCCGAGGAGAGAACCAAAGUCAAGAGGACUUGCGGAUGCCUCCCUUGCUAGACCCGGCUUCCGUGGACCUAGCUAGAAACUUCCAGUUGGGGAAGGGAGCUUUGAGUUAUUCUUUAGGCUCUCUUAGCAUCUCUGUGUGCAUUUAUGCGUAUAAUUGGCUUUUGCUUUCUCAACAGUAUUGAUGUUUUUCCUAUAACGCACUCACACGUUUAAAGUAGAAUAUUUAUUAAAAUAUUUAUGUUCAAUUGUAAACCUACGACGAUAGCUCUUGAAUCUUGCAACAAAGGUCGCCCAUAGGGCUUGAAAGAUGAAUUAUUCCAUGCGCGCAGUAAUUUUUUUACUUAAUAACCAUAUUUUUUAAAAUAUUUAUGCAAUAUUGCACGUAUCUGCGAAACAUGUGCACUUUAUGUUGCAGCAGGCCGCAACACUAAUCCCCCUCUUGUACACUAAAUUUUUCUGUUUUUUUGUUUUUUUUUACUACUCUCUUAGCGGAACACUUAUUAGGUAAGGUACUUUGAAAAAGAUGGGUAAAGAAAACUGACAUCAAAGUAAGUUUAUAGAUGAAGCUUGUGUCUCGAACAUUUUGAAGGCAACAUUAGAGGGGUGAUGUUAUGGAUUUCCCUUGGGCCACGAUCUACUCAACAAACCACCGCCAAAAAAUAAAUAAAGUUAACCUGAGGAAAAUCCUUGAUUGCUAUUUUGGUCAUCUGCCUGCUCGUGGAACGAUCAUAAAGUCGCAAAACGUUAUCGUAGCCCAACUUGAGUUAACAUGAACAAAUAAGGACAUGUAGGACAACACUAGGCCCAGUUCCAACUUCCGAUGUUUGUACGUAUAAUCUUCAUUUAAACUCAUUUUUUUUUACAUGUUAGGAAGGAGUAAGGAAGGAUAGUAUUUUAAGCAAGUUCUUCUUGAAUCUUAUCAGAUGUUAUACUCUUAGCAUAGUAUUGUAUCAUCGAAAUAAAACGUGUACGCUGUAAAA